AUGACUGCUACCCAAGAAUUCGAUCCUACCAUUCACACCGAAACUGUUGCUCACACGUAUACGAUUGAAAAUGAAAAUCUGCAACACUCCGUAUCGGUGGUUCACGAGCGUGGCCGCGGCUAUGCGUGGAGAAUCUGGCCAAGCGCUCACUUACUCACGAAAUUUCUGGCAAAGGAAUUGAAGACUCGUAAAAAUUGUCCGAUCGAUUUCAUCGAUAUUGGAUGCGGCGCAGGGCUCGUCGGACUAGCAGUUGCAGCGAGUGCGGGCUCGAAAAAAGUCGUCUUGACAGACCUCGCAGAUCAGCUCGGGUCUGCACAGCGUUCGUUAGAUCUCAACGAUGAGGAGGUGAAGGCUAAGACGCGCCUUAUGCCUCUCCCAUGGGGCGACUUGGAAGCUGGCAAAAAGGUUAUUGAAACUCUUAGUGAUGAUGAUGAUGAGCGCGAACUCUGGGUAUGCGGAUCGGGCCUGGUUUACUUCGACUCGUUGAUGGCACCGUUGGCGGAUACCUUCCAACAGCUCCUUAAUGCCAGGCCGAAAGCAGUUGCUUAUAUUGGGCAGAUUAAGAGGAACUGGAAGGUGGAGAAGAGGUUCUUUACUAAACUUUGCAGACAGAGAGGAUUGGACUGUGAUCUCCUUUAUUCAGCUCUUGUGGAGGAGAACGAUGGCUGUGGUCAGGAGACCGACGGAACGUUUAAGAUCCUAGAAGAGCACGACAUCACUGCUAACGAAGAGGGAGAUUGGAAUCUUCGACUGUACAAACUUACUAGGAAGGAUUGAAGACAAUUGUGGCAAACCACAAGGAGACGAGACGUUUCUAUCGCA